AUGGACUCUUCCCCGAACAAGAAGACGUACCGCUAUCCUCGCAGAUCGCUGUCACUGCACGCGCGAGAUAGGGCCAGCGAAGCCCGUAAAUUGGAAGAAUUGAAUUUGAACGAUGGGCUGGUUGCCGCUGGCUUGCAGUUGGUCGGGGUAGCGUUGGAGAAACAAGACACGGGAUCACACAUAUAUAUGAAACAGAAGAACUUCUCUGCCAAUGACGUUUCUUCGUCACCAGUGGCUUCCGAAGGAAUGAACAGAUCGGAAAUGGAUUUUAAUCCGAAGUGCAUGCCUCAGGACGCAAUACUCGUCGAAAGACUGUUUGAUGAGCUUUUGAAAGAUGGAACUUUUUUUUGGGGUGCUGCUUAUAAGAAUUUGCAAAAUAUCUCUCUACGGAGGAAAUGGUUGUUAAUAUGUAAGAUCCGUAGUUCCAGUCAUUGGGGGAACAAGAAAAUCGCUUCCACCACGACAUACUCUACACAUUCGGCCACUAAUGAGCUGGCUGAAAACUCACAUUUUUUGGAUGGUCUAAUUAGAAAUCUUUCGGCAGGUGGCAUGAACUUGUCGAAGACGCUAUAUAAACUAGAAAAAUUCUUGCGAAAGCAAAGUUUUUUGCAACUUUUUCUUAAGGAUGAAAUUUACCUGACGACGCUGCUCGAAAAGACUUUACCACUAAUAUCCAAGGAGCUACAAUUUGUUUAUCUUCGGUGCUUUAAAAUACUGAUGAACAACCCCCUGGCGAGGAUAAGAGCGCUCCAUUCUGAGCAUUUAAUCCGCUGGUUUACCGAGCUUUUAACAGACCAAAAUUCUAACUUAAAAUGUCAGUUACUUUCCAUGGAGUUACUUUUACUAUUAACGUACGUCGAAGGUGCCACGGGUUGCAAGUUGAUAUGGGACCAGCUUUCGAUAUCAUUCAUCAAUUGGCUAGAAUGGUUUGGCAAAAUCCUUGCAGACGAUAUUGCAAUUCAUACGUCCCUGUAUUUGAACUGGAAUCAAUUAAAAAUAGACUAUUCGACGACUUUCCUACUGCUAAUAAACUCUAUCUUGCAAGGAUUCAAUAACAAGACUGCACUAGAAAUUUUGAAUUUUUUGAAAAAAAAUAAUAUCCAUAGCACUAUAACAUUUUUAGAACUAUCCUAUAAGAAUGACCCUAAUAGUGUCGUCAUCAUGGAGCAAAUAAAACAAUUCAAAGCCAAAGAAUCUAGCAUAUUUGACUCAAUGGUACAAACUACUAAUGAUAUGAGUUCACUUCAUCCGACAAAAGAUAUCGAAAAAAAAGAAAGCGAACCUUUAUGUCUUGAAAAAUGUCUAUUAUUGAAGGCAAAAGAUAGUCCUGUAGAGACACCGAUAAACGAAAUUAUUCAGUCGUUGUGGAAGAUCCUGGACUCUCAAAAGCCAUACUCAGAAUCCAUUAAACUACUAAAAUUGAUAAAUUCUUUACUGUUUUAUCUUAUAGAUUCUUUCCAAGUACCAGUGAAUCCUUCUUUUGACGAAAGUUUUGAGUCAGCAGAAAAUGUGGAUUAUGUUUUCCAAGAUUCUGUUAAUAAAUUGUUGGAUUCUCUACAGUCUGAUGAAAUCGCUAGAAGAGCAGUCACAGAAAUUGAUGAUCUUAAUGAUAAGAUUUUUCAUUUGAAUGAAAGAUUGAACUUGGUGGAAAAUUAUAAUAAAGAUCAUUUAGUAACAAAGCUAGAUGAAAGUGAAGCCUUAGUGUCCUUGAAAACUAAGGAGAUUGAAAAUUUGAAAUUACAAUUGAAGGCAAAUAAGAGAAGACUAGAUCAAAUUACAACACAUCAAAGAUUAUAUGACCAACCACCUUCAUUGACAAGUAGCAACUUGAGUGUUGCCGGUUCAAUAACGAAAAAUAAUAGUCAUGGUAAUCUCAUUUUCCAAAAUUUAACCAAAAAGCAACACCAGCAGCCAAAAAAUUCUCUGCCCAAGCGUUCAACAAGCCUACUGAAAAGCAAAAGGAUUGCGUCCCUUUCAUCAUAUUUAAGUGAUGUAAAUAAUGAAAAUGGUUCCGAAGAUAAAUCAAAAGACUUGUCAUUUCAAAGAUCUACGUCAACCAUCAAUUUUAAUAUACCUUCUAUGAAAAAUGUUGCAAAUAUGCAAAACGUCUCUCUAAAUUCAAUACUUUCAGAGUUGGAAUUUUCAAAUAGUCUAAGCACUCAACCUAAUUAUCAAUCAUCUCCCGUGUUGUCUUCUGUUUCUUCAUCGCCAAAACUAUUUCCCCGGCUUUCUUCAGAGAGCCUUGAUAAUAGCAUACAGCUAGUAUCCGAAGUUGAUAACCUACCUCAACUUCCUCCCCCUCCCCCUCCUCCGCUUCCACAGUCUCUUUUGACUGAUGCAGAAUCUACCCUAAAACCGGAUAAUGUUCCUUCUAUUACAGCACCUGCUCCGCCACCUCUUCCAGAUUUGUUUAAGAAUGAAAGUUGUUUUGCAAUACCACCACCACCACCACCACCUCCCUUACCUGAGUCCUUAUCAAUGAACAAAGAAUCCUCCAAUAACGACUUGGUUACUCCUCCAGCUCCACCUUUACCAAAUGGUCUUCUUCCAUCCUCCUCAGUGUCUAUUAAUUCAACGACGGUCAAUUUGAAAGCAACCUCGUCUGAAAAACGCUUGAAGCAAAUUCACUGGGAUAAGGUAGAAGAUAUCAAAGAUACGCUUUGGGAAGAUACAUUUCAACGCCAGGAAACGAUCAAAGAAUUGCAAACUGAUGGUAUAUUCUCUCAAAUUGAAGAUACCUUCAGGAUGAAAAGUCCAACUAAAAUUGCAAAUAAAAAGAACGCAGAAUCUUCAGUUGCCUCAUCUUCGAAUAAUGGUAAGUCUUCAAAUGAAUUAAAAAAAAUUUCCUUUUUAUCAAGAGAUUUAGCUCAACAAUUUGGCAUCAAUCUGCAUAUGUUUUCCCAACUAUCUGAUAUGGAAUUUGUUAUAAAAGUACUGAACUGCGAUAACGACAUUGUUCAAAAUGUUAAUAUACUGAAGUUUUUUUGUAAAGAAGAGUUAGUAAAUAUACCGAGAAGUAUGCUUAAUAAGUACGAGCCAUAUUCCCAAGGUAAGGAUGGUAAAGCGGUAAGUGAUUUGCAAAGAGCUGACAGAAUAUUUUUGGAGUUGUGUAUUAAUUUAAGGUUCUAUUGGAAUGUAAGAUCAAAGAGUCUCUUGACACUGUCUACAUAUGAGAGAGAUUAUUAUGAUUUGAUUUUCAAAUUACAAAAAAUUGAUGAUGGAAUUUCACAGCUAAAUCGUUCACUUAAAUUUAAGAGUUUAAUGUUUAUCAUUACUGAAAUUGGUAAUCAUAUGAACAAAAGAAUUGUUAAAGGUAUCAAAUUGAAGUCACUAACUAAACUUGCCUUUGUUAGAUCCAGCGUUGAUCAAAAUGUAUCAUUUUUGCAUUUUAUUGAAAAAAUAAUAAGAAUAAAAUAUCCUGAUAUAUAUGGUUUUGUGGAUGAUCUGAAGAACAUUGAAGAUUUGGGUAAAAUCUCAUUAGAACACGUCGAAUUAGAGUGCCAUGAAUUUCAUAAAAAAAUUGAGGAUUUAGUUACUCAGUUUCAAGUAGGGAAGCUAUCCAGCGAGGAAAACUUAGACCCGAGAGAUCAAAUUAUCAAAAAGGUCAAGUUUAAGAUUAAUCGAGCCAAAACAAAGAGUGAAUUGUUGAUUGACCAAUGUAAACUAACUUUAAUAGAUUUAAAUAAACUGAUGAAGUACUACGGUGAAGACCCCAAUGAUAAAGAGAGUAAGAACGAAUUUUUCCAACCCUUUAUUGAAUUUUUGGCCAUGUUCAAGAAAUGUGCCAAGGAAAAUAUAGAAAAGGAGGAAAUGGAAAGAGUGUACGAACAAAGAAAAAGCUUGUUAGAAAUGAGGACAAGCAGUAACAAGAAAAGCAACGGAAAUGAUGAAAAUGAAGGUGAAGAAGUAAACACGGAUGCUGUUGAUCUACUCAUAUCUAAAUUACGUGAAGUGAAGAAGGGACCUGAGCCCCUAAGAAGAAGAAAAAGUACAAAACUCAAUGAAAUCGCGGUUAAUGUGAAUGAGGGAGAUGUGAAAACGAGGAAGGAUGAAGAUCACAUCCUGCUGGAGAGGACCCAUGCUAUGCUGAACGAUAUUCAAAAUAUCUAG